GUAUCCAUGGACAGCGUAAGAAAAAUUCUAUUCAACUUAAAAAACAAAACUAGAUAUAUUUAAAUUUUUUUGUCUUAAAUGACCUUUUAAGACAGUUUUCUUCUAUAGCAAAAAAUUAAACAAAUAGUCUUUUGAAAAUUUAUUAGAUUGCCUUCCUAAUCUUUCGAUUGAGAAAAUAAUUCCCAUUUUAGGGCGAUAUACAACCAAUCUGAAAAAUAAUGACCUGCAACGUCAGUUUUGUUUGUCAAAAAUGUGCUCAGCCUCUAAAAAUCGAUACUUCUUUUGAUCGAAAUUUAGACAGGGAAGAAUAUAAAAAAUUAUCAGAUAUUUGUCGGAAACUGAAAAGCGAUGAAGAAACAAUCGAUAUUGGAUUAUCGUCAUUAGCUUUAGAAGAAGAUGUAUUAACGUUAACAGUUCCUCCAGCGAGAAAUGAAACAUUAGACAGCGGAGGGGAGUUCACUUUACUUGGUGAUCCGGAGGUUUCCUCUGAGCAUUUAAGCUUAAAAAUGAAAAUAUCUGCUAGUCUUUUUGAUGUACUGUCGGGACAAUCUGAGUUAGAUCAUCCUCUGUGUGAAGAGUGUACAGACACAUUACUUGAUGAAUUGGAUAAGCAAUUAAGUUCAGCCCAAGAAGAAUCGAUCAUAUAUAGUGAUUUUUUAAAGAAGCUUGAGGAGAAUGAAGAAAACCAACCAGAUGAGAAUAUUUUAAAUGAAGAAUUGGAAAAGCUUACAAAACAAAAAGAGACCAUGUUAUCUAAUCUUGAACAUGUGGAAAAUGAUCAAAAACGCUUAGAAGAAGACUUUACAAAUGCUCGAAGUGCUGCUAAAAAAACUGAAGAGGAAGAAAGAGCAUUUUUUAAGGAAUAUAAUGAAUAUAAGCGGCAACUAUUGGAAUAUGACAAUGCUCAGAAGAGCGUUGAGUUACAAUUAAGAUAUGCUCAGAUGCAACUGGAUAAACACAAAAAAACAAAUGUUUUCAACAUUACCUUUCACAUAUGGCACAAUGGAUCAUUCGGAACUAUUAACGGUUUUCGACUGGGAAGACUACCAAACAAACAGGUUGAUUGGAGUGAGAUAAAUGCAGCAUGGGGACAAACAGUUUUACUAUUACAUUCUUUGUCAAAGAAAGUAAAUUUAACUUUCAAAAGGUUUAUUCUUGUGCCAUAUGGAAGUCACUCAUACAUAGAGUCACUAGCUGACAAGUCUAGAGAAUUACCUUUAUAUGGUUCUGGGGGAUUCCGCUUUUUUUGGGAUACAAAGUUUGAUCAAGCAAUGGUUGCUUUUCUGGAUUGUUUACAACAGUUUAAGGAAGAAGUAGAAAGGUGUGAUUCAAGUUUUUGUCUUCCGUACCCAAUGGAUAAAGGCAAAAUAGAAGAUCCUAAUGUUAAAACCUGGUAUUCGAUAAAAACUCAGCUAAACUCCGAAGAACAAUGGACGAAAGCUCUUAAAUUUAUGCUUACCAACUUAAAAUGGGGUUUAACAUGGGUUUCUACUCAAUAUGAUGAUUAUGACAAAUAA